UGCUUAGAAAGAGCGACAUAUACUGUACCUCUAUAAGGUAGGUACACCAGGUGCACAUCCGGAUUACUAUAUCCAGAUUUCCACAUCCCAAGCUCAAAUUCCCCACGAACCCAUCAACCAUCACCAUCACCAUCACCCCAACAAUUCUUCCUUUCUACAGCUGCAACAGUAACAGUAACCCGCUGUAAAAUGGCCGACGAGAUCCGCCAGACACCCGUUCCAGUACCUCACGUCUACGGGCAACCAGCCCUGACAACCGACACAGCAACACCACCAACAACAACCGCAUCUUCUCUCGCCGGAGACACAGCCGCUAUGACAAUUGAGCAACCACCUCUCGCUCCCAGCACCGAGCAAGCAGCAUCCCCAGCCCCUACUACCACAACCACCACAACCAACAACGCCGCCGCACCCACAACCACAACCGCACCCGCGCCCGCAACAACGCCCUCCAACGCACCAAGCCCCAGCCCAGCCGCCGCCGCCGCCACCACCACCACCACCACCGCACCGCCCGCCCGCACCGGCACCCCCCUCCGCGCAACCAACGGCCAGCAAGAAGCCAAUUCCUCCUCGCGCGCCGCCUCGCAGCACCCGGACCCGGGGUUCACCAUGCCCGCCGAGGCCCCGCCCCACGGCGCCCCCGUCCGCCAGUACCUCAACUCCAAGGUUACGGGUCCGUUGCUGGACGGCAUGAAGAUGAUUGCCAAGGAGCAGCCCAAGGAUCCCCUGCGCGCUCUGGGCGAGUACUUGCUGCAGCGCUCCAAGGAGCUCGAGUCGACAACAUAGUGAGGGUUAAGCCAGGUAGUAGGCAAGCAAGCAUGAGAAUGGAGUUCUGGGAAGGGAAAAAAGAAUCAAUUAUGGCAUUACAGAUUCUACAUUAUAGAUUUCGUCUUUCACGAUGAUACCAUUGCUUUAGGAACGAACGAUUGCUAUUAGGAGGACUAAUAUAGACUUGCUGGGACAUUGCAGAUU